CAUACACACACAUGCAGACACAUUAACACACACACACACACAGUUCCAUACAGCUCCCGAGGGUUUCACUGGGGAUUUAGGACAACCUGUCUCCGUUCUGUAGCUUCUGAACAAACAGGAUUGCAUUCACCAGCUGUCUCUAUGGCUCUCCGGUGCCGUGUCGUGUUGGUGCUGCUGUGUGCUUUUGACUCCGCCUCAGCCACUGUUAUAGCUGGCAUGGACUAUGGAGGUGUUCCUCUGUGGAUUAAUCGCCUGCUUGGUGAGCCCAGCGUGCUGAGCCUGCAGGGACGGAUGGACCCGGGCUGGUUCCGAGCCAACAAUCCAGAUGCCUGUCCUCAACAGUGCGACUGCCCCAUCCAGUGGCCCACGGCGCUCUACUGUGACCACAGAGGCCUGGCAGACGUACCCGACUGGCUGCCAGGCAGAACUCAAUACCUGUUUCUACAGGGCAACAACAUCUCUUCCCUGUCCUCCUCUUUUCUGGACAACAUUACUGACAUACGCUGGCUCAUCCUGGACCACAACAAGCUGCAGAGCGACAAGCUGGAUGAGGCCGCCCUGCAGAACCAGACCCAGCUGUGCUAUCUUUUUGCCAAUCACAACCACCUGAAAUCAGUGCCCAGAGCUCUGCCAGCUGGACUCAAGCAGCUGCGACUGGCCCACAACCAAAUCAGCAGCAUCAGCCCCGGAGCUUUCCAGAACCUGCACAACCUGACGCUUCUGCUGCUGCAGGGAAACAGACUGCAAACCAUCACGGAGGGGGACCUCAAGGGUCUGGUCAGUCUGAACCUGCUGGACCUCAGCGGGAACUGGUUCUCGUCUGUCCCCAGGCAUUUACCACCAUCUGUCCAGCAGCUCUAUCUGUCCAAUAACACUCUUUCUGGGCUGGAUGAGGACAGUUUUGUGGGAUUUCGCAACCUUAAGUACCUUCGUCUAAGUCACUGCGGACUGCAGAGCCACUGCGUCCCCCCGCCGGUCUUCAACUUCUCCAGCUUGGUGGAACUGGACCUUUCUUAUAACAUACUUACUACCAUUCCCACAGUCCCCACCACCCUGCGGUACCUCUACCUGGAGGCCAAUAAAAUACGAGAGUUCAACAUGACUAGUUUCUGCAGAGAGGUGGGACCUCUGUCCUACUCCAGGAUGAAGGUGCUACGACUGGAUGGAAACAAGAUGUCCCACCAACAGCUGCCCCCUGACUGGGUCUUCUGUCUGCGAGUGCUUGAAAGCAUUUACAUCUGACUCCAACCGUCUGAACGUGCUUCCAAAACAGGGUUACUGUGUGUGAGAGGACAGCGUCAUCUCGUGAUACAAAGAGAAAAACGUGACUCAACUUAUGGUCUUUGUUUUGUCGUCCAACUCGUCAUUUGUGAAGUCGAAGAGCUCAGCCUUAAAGCUAGAAACCAGAGAGGACUUUUUGUCUUCAAUGUGCCGAUACACUGCCAGGCACCGAAGGGAAAAACUGCCCUUCAAAGGAUGCCAAAGCUUGAACUUGCAAACUAAACCAGUGUUAUUUUAUCAGAACGCCAAAAGUCCUGAUCAAAACAUUUCUCAUACCACCAGUGCAUUCCCAUGAGUUUCUCUCUCUCAUUCCAUCUUCUCUCAGUUUUGUCUCCGCAGGGUUGUACAUCUGUGUGUUAUUAGCGAAUAGGAACUGUGACAAACCCUCUCAUUUCUAACUGUACAGAAUAACGUGCCCUGGUUAAACUGAGCCGUCUUAGGGGGAAAGGAAAACAUGUAUGAAUGUCAGAAUCCAGUAGCUUUCCCAAGAGAAUCUGACUCAGCUAGCUGGACAGUGUUAAAUGUGCUGAGUUGAAAAUGCUCUUGCAAGUUAUUGUUACCUUAAUCUUGGAUUUAAAAGCUGAUGCCCAUAGUCUGACAAUGCAAAAGAGAAAUUUAGUUUGCACCAGCAACAGAAAAAUAUUAACAUAAAGUCAUCAACAAAAGCUUCUUCAAUACUUAACUUGUCAAUACCUGGAGUACAAGCAUUCACAUUACACCCUUGUUAUUAUGUCAGAUUUAACUAUAUUAAUCAUACAAUUAAGAAAAUAUUCAUAACCGAAAUAUUCAUAACCGAAUAUUUGACGAAGGUUUCCAGCCUCAGUUGAGAGGAUGUAAUGUAUUUUCUUCUUCUUCUUUGUUUUUGUUUUGUUCUAAUAAAUAAUUCCAACAAACCAGAUAGUUCAAACUGUUACAAUGCAUAUAUAAAUAUAUGUACAGAAUGGACAAUAAACCAAUGGAGAAGUAUUGUAAGAAGGGAUUUAAUGUGCAAAUGUACAAAUCACAGUUACGUCUACGUACACACCUGUAUACAGUAUGUAGAUUAUGUACAGUAUAAACAAGCAGCUAUCUAGUACAGUGUGAAAAAAAGGCCUUAUGUCCAGCGUGGUCAGAGUUAAAUACGCAGUGGAGGCCGACGUUGCAGCUGCAGUUCAUGGUGACUUCACUGUCCAAUGUUUUUACUUAACCUGACACUUGGCCUU